UAUUAAACGGACCAAACACAUGGCAGGUCUUAGAAUUGAUAUCCUUGGAUGUAUUAAAGAAGAACUGUGGCAACGGAGAAUUUGGCUUUGUUACACUAGCAAAAACACAUUAAUUAAAGGGCAUAUCGUUUCUAAACAUGGGUCUUGUAAGGCAUGUGGUGUGUGCCAUGUCUGGCGGUGUUGACAGCUGUGUCGCGGCGUUGAUCCUCAAGAGAAGAGGAUACAGUGUGACGGGGGUUUUUAUGAAGAACUGGGACUCUCUGGAUGAGAAAGGGCUGUGCACUACAGAGAAGGACUGUGAGGACGCCUACAGGGUGUGUCAGGCCCUGGACAUCCCUUUUCAUCAAGUGUCCUAUGUCAAAGAGUACUGGAAUGAAGUUUUCAGUAAUCUUUUGUUGGAAUAUGAGAAGGGCGGGACACCAAACCCAGAUAUACUUUGCAACAAAUACAUCAAAUUCAAUCAUUUCCACAAGUAUGCCAUCAACAGUUUGGGUGCUGAUGCCAUGGCAACAGGCCACUAUGCCAGGUCGUCACAGGAAGACGAAGAUGUUUUCCAACAGACACACACAGCUCGUCCUACCACGCUCUUCAGAGAUCGAUUUGAGAUCAGAAGGCCGGUGAGGUUGUACCAGGGAGCAGAUCUCCUCAAAGACCAAACCUUCUUCCUCAGUCAGAUCUCCCAAGAUGCCUUGCGACAAACCAUGUUCCCACUUGCAGGACUGACUAAAGAGUUUGUGAAAAAGAUUGCUGCUGAGGCUGGAUUUUACCAUGUACUGAAGAAGAAAGAGAGUAUGGGCAUCUGCUUUAUUGGAGAGAGAGACUUUGAAAACUUCAUUCUGGAGUAUCUAGAACCUAAACCAGGGAACCUUGUCUCCAUUGAGGAUGGAACUGUAAUGGGAACACACAAAGGCUGGUUCACUCUGACACUAGGCCAGAGGGCAAGGAUAGGAGGACAGAGAGAUGCCUGGUUUGUGGUGGACAAAGACAUCAACACUGGAGAUGUGUUUGUGGCUCCAACUACCAAUCACCCGGCUCUGUUCUGUGACACGAUGCAGACUGAUCGCUUCCACUGGAUAACAGUCGACCCACCUCCUGAACUAGCCAGGACCCAGAUGAUGGAGUGUCACUUCCGCUUCAUCCACCAGAUGCCACUUGUUCCCUGUACUGUAACUCUGAAUUUGGAUGGCUCUUUGUGGAUCACGCUGUCCCAGCCAGUCAGAGCUCUGACACCCGGACAGUUUGCCGUGCUUUACAGAGGAAAUGAGUGUCUGGGCAGUGGGAAAAUCAUCCAGCUGGGGCCCACUGAGUACACACUCAUGCGGGGCCGAGAACAGCUGACAGCAGGUGCACAGCACAGAGAGCAGAUGACCCCCGAACCAGCCAGCUGAGAUGCCCUUCACAGCCUGGCCCUGUUGGAAAUCCACUCUGCAUGGUAGAGCACCCUGUGCGUAAAGAUAAUCUCCAUCUUACACAGGGCUUUGUGGCCUAAUGCAGGAACCUGUUAGCAGUUGAUUGUGGUUUUAAAUGCUCAACUUUUACAGCAGCACACAAGGACAAAAAGAUUGAUUUCAUUACUAUUUAUGUUUAGAUACUAUGAGGUUAUCUGCUGGCUGCUGAGAUGAACCACCUGAACUGUUAUGUAGUGGACAUAAGAUGUUAAUAAUAAGGUGGGUUAGUAAGCAGCAGAAACUUUAUUUUGAGAAUAAAUCAAGCUUUUACAACUAUUCCCUUUUAUGUCUGACACUGUGGAAUGGAUCAACACCACCGCAGUCAUUUGCAGGUGAAGUACAUCUGUUUCUGCUUGUGUAUAUACUGUACAUGGGAUGCUGUUAUUUGUACUCCCCUAAUCCUCCAUUAUACCAUUACAUGUGCUGUUAUAGUUGCGGUGAAGACCUGCAUCUUGAAAUAUGGAUAUUUAAGGGGAAAAGGUUGGAUGAUCUCAUGGAUGCAUUUAAGAAGUGCAGGAUGUAUUGUGAAAAUCAUUUUUCUGUAAGAUGUACUAAAGGAUAAUUGCCAGAAGUUGUGGUUAUCCUCUGAAGUAGAGUUGCCAUAACACAAACUGAAAUCAAGCUCACCAUUUUAAAAGGUUCAGCACUUAAAAGAUUCUGUAGAUGGAAAACAGUUCACUGAUGCCAAAUUUUAUUUGGCAAUAUUUUGUCUCCAUACCCAACUCUGUUAUAAUCUGAAAGAAAAGAUGUCUUCUUUUUUUUAAGAACACUGGGUAGUGUGAUCCCUUUGGUGUUGUGCUCUUUAUUGUAAUCAUAGGUCAAUGACUCAGGGGAAUGGAGGCGUAGGACAAGUCAAGUAGAAAAUAGAGCCAUUGUGUUAAACAGGAGUUUUCUCCUGUAAGGAGAAACUAUAUCCAAAAGCCAGUUGAUGGGAAAACCUAGUAGAAAUGAAUGUUUAAAAACAUGUCAAGUUAACCUAAAGAUUGCAACAAGCACGGUGUUAAAAUCUGCCAGUUGAACUAGAAAAUGGAAAAGACAGUGAAAAUGUUAAACCUGUUCUUG